AAGUAAACACUAGUGUUUACAAUCUGAACACAGGAGAUAUAGGUGUUCUCCUGGUUGGAAAGUGACUGGAAAAAGCUGACUAUCAUGUUUAAUCGUGCAUACUAAACAACCUGUGUUUAAGAUAAGAACAUUAAUUGGCAAAUCUAAAUGCCUUAUGUUUAAGUUUUAAACACUGACAUUUAGUUAAUAGGUAAACCUGUCACAGGUUUCAUGGCUUUACAGUUAGGCUAUGGAAGAUGUUUGGUCUGUGACCUUUACCAUUUAUUGAUUUCAAACGUUUUUUUUUUGCUCUUUUACAAGACAGCCCUGAUUCAGAUAGCUUUGCUGCUAAUAAUAUGUAUUUUGUUAUGUUGGGGGUUGGGUCUGUAUAUGUAAUGUGUUUUUUUCCGCCAGAUUGUAGACGUGUGAUGAAAAUGGUUAAUUUCACUGACAAUGACAUGACAGACUGUUUCUAUUGUUGAGUUGAGACGUUUGACGUUGGAGGUAUUCAAUGCUUGCCACAACUAGGGAGCUUUUUAAACGUUGAUGAUAAAACAAUUGGGAUCCCCUUCACAUCAGGGCCUGAAUUCCCAAAACGUAAAAUAACUUCACAAAUGGAGUUACUUUUUUGGUGAUUUUUAUUGUCUUGAUGUUGAAAUCACAUUAAAUUAAAUUGUUCAACGGGUUGAAUGCCCCUGGACGUCUAUGUUUAAGGCGCAUUUGAGCAGCGCAUUGAGCACUGAUCUGCAUAUAUGUACUGGUGCUGUGCCUCUUCCCUCUGCCUCUUUACCCCCAAACUGGCACAAGUCUGACUCACCUCACCCCCCUUCUCCUUUUGAAUCGUGUGUUUUGAUGAAUGGAUGGACGGCUGCGGUACGUGUGUGAUGAAUAGUCUCAGAGGACAUGGGAGAAUAAAGGCUGGAUAAGUGUGGUGUGGCUCUGUGUAAUCUGCAUAAUGGCAAGGGACCGUCAAGGACGGGACAAGUGGUCUGGGGGGGACUCCGCAAUGGGGGAGGCUGACAUCUGUCGCUGUGCUCCUCAGAGACUCCCGGUGGAUCAUGUUGCCGGGCCUUUCUAUUGACGGCUGGACUGCUGCCAUCUGCGUCCUAACUGACGCACAAUGACCGCUCGGGGCCUUUAUAAAAACGGAGACAAACGACAGAGGGCCAGUGUGGACAAUUACUGCAGAGCGAAUAGGGCGCACUGCGAUUAGACACGCCUCAUUCCAAUUUCUGGGCUCGACUUUAACAGCAAAAUCUUAUUGAGGUUGUUUACAACGCGUCGAGUGUGCUUCCUGACAGUCACCAUGCCAAAGGGUUUCCUUAUAAAACGUUCUAAAAUGGCUGGUCCUGUUUCAUACAGGAUACGCAAGGAGGACUUGGCGCUGGACGCCAACUGCUCUUCGCUGGUCGAGAAUGCCCCGGCUCAUGCACUGCCUUGCCACAACUUUAUCAGAGUUCCCAGCCGGGGUAUUUUCGGUGGAAUUCCAGAGUGUCACUGUGCGCCUUCACUGAGCCCGACCCGGCCUGACAGCGAGGGAUAUCAAUACACACCCGUGGACGCCGCUCAUCAAAUGCUAAGCUCUCUUUCUUCUGCUCCAGCAGAUACCUUCCCCGAGGCAAAUUUGGGAAGUUUCACCAUUGAUGGUUCUCCAGUGUCGUCGUCUCUUCAGGAGAUGACCACCAGACUGGACACCAUGUGCGGGAAUGCUAAAUAUGCAGCAGUGAAGCGGCCUGCCUCCUCCAACGCUAAAUCUCCCCAUACGAAUUAUAAAAAGCGCAAGUCCUCAAGCUCCCAAAACCAAGAGAAGUCCAGCCUCCGGGAUCAGGUAACCACAUCUCCCGUCCUCGGAUUGCGCAUUACAGAGGAUGCAGAGGAUGAGGUGAAGCAACGCUCCAACACCAGCAUUCCGCUUGGAGAAUUCAUCUGUCAGCUUUGCAAGGAGCGGUACGCAGACCCUCUCACUUUGGCCUUCCACAAGUGCUCUCGCAUCGUCCGAAUCGAAUAUCGCUGCGACGAGUGUGACAAAGUGUUCAGUUGUCCCGCUAACCUGGCCUCCCACCGACGUUGGCACAAGCCAAAGGGUUUCCAAGUGGAGAGAGUCUCAUCACAGAGAGAGGAGAGCCGACCUGACACACCAACAGCCAGAGAGGCGCUCCCACCCUCCCCGCCACCCUUAGACUCGGGCUCUGAUGAAGACAUGAUGUUCAGCUGCCCACAGUGCUCAAAGAAAUUCAGAAAACAAGCGUACCUGAGGAAACACUUGGCCGUGCACAAUAGGAAGGCAGCUAGUCAUCCUCAGAAUCAGUCUCAUUCGGCCAAAGUCUCCGACCAACAACCCAGCAGCCUGCUCGAGUCCCGCCCAGAAACACCCGAGCCCUCCUCCAAAUACGCAGGGACUGAGUGCAUCACAAAGGUGACAGGAGAGGUGUUUCCGUGUCGAUUUUGUAGUGAAAAUGUAUUCUCCUCCUCUGGCCUCACCAGACACAUAAACAAAUAUCACCCAACGGAGAGCAGACAGGUCAUCGUUUUGUCUCAAACAAUUUAAUAACAUCAGACUGUUUGUUUCGGGCAUUAUGACUGAAUUCCAUGUUUGGACAGAGUUCUUGUAAACAACUGUUGUGAAAUCAGAAAUAUUUAUCCUGAAUAGUUGGCUAUAGUUUUGUGUAAAUUAGUUUAGUUUUCUACAAAGUUAUAUUUAUCUAUCUAUCUAAUCAAUUAUUUAUUUGAUAUGUAUUUAUUUGUUUAUUUAAUAAUGUAUGUGUUUGUUUAUUUAUCUGCCCACAUUUGUAUUAAUCAUGUUGCUUUUGACUGUGAUGAUUUGCGUAAUGAUAAAAAGCUAUUUCGCAUUGCCUCUAAUUACCUCUGACCAAAUUAAUGUCAUAUUUUCGUUGAAACAAUAUUACCAUGCCAACUUCUUCCUAAAAUAAUAAAGGGAGUAU